UGCGGAGAUGCGGAGUUGCUCCGCACUAUGGUGAGUGACCAAAGUACGGAGCAACUCCGCAUACUGCAUGGAGAUGCGGAGUUGCUCCGCACUAUGCUCAAUUCUACUUUCACAUACUUCAUCGACCACGCGCACCUCUACAACAAAGGUUUGGUGGUUGUUGCUUACAAUCCUACCAAGGGCCACCCUCAAUUUCGUCCAGAAUCCGCUGAGCUUGUUGGAGCAGUCCGUGAGAUUUGUGAAAAUUUCUUCCCAAAUGGCAGAGGACUUCAGGAAGAUGAUUUGGAUCAUUCUACAGAUGAAGCAUUUCUUAGACAGAAAUUGGAUAUGGCCUACGGGACACUUUUAGAUAAUUGUGCCAAUGGCAAGAACGAACAACAAUCUAAUGCUGAGAUUCAAAAUUCUCUAAGGCAAGAGAACUUUAAUAGUUGGAAAUCUCAACUUCAACAUGUUGUUGCUUUAUCCACUACUGAAUCAGAAUAUAUUGCUGCUACUGAAGCCUUUAAAGAAUCUUUGUGGUUUAAAGGUGUAUUAAAUGAACUUGGUGUUUUUGAUAACAAUGUGACAAUAUAUUCUGAUAGUCAAUCUGCUAUUCACCUAUGCAAAAAUCCUGUCUUUCAUGAACGUACUAAACAUAUAGAUGUUAGAUUGCAUUUCAUUAGAGAUAUGGUUUCUCAAGAACUGGUAAAACUUGAGAAAAUCCUUUCAGAAUAUAAUCCUGCAAACAUGGGAACUGAAGUGCUCCCAUUAGUAAAAUUUAGAAGCUGCCUUGAUCUUCUAAACAUUGGUACAAACUUGAUGAUUUGGUAUCAAGGUGGAGAUUGUUGGGUAUUUUUUGGUUGGAUUAACAACAACACCCUCAACCGCCUCCGUGUCCUGGCCAUAGACGCAGCACAGCCUUACGACUACGAAGCCUAGCUCGUUAACCGCUUCGCUCAAUGAACCAAGCUCAAAAUCGCCAUUAUUGGAUUCGGCAACUUCGGCCAGUUCCUUGCCAAGGCAUUUAUCCGACAGGGUCACACGAUUUUCGCACAUUCACGUUCAGAUUAUUCAUCAAUAGCGCAAUCCCUUGGCGCCGCCUUCUUCUUUGACACCCACGACCUCUGUGAACAAUACCCAGAUGUUAUUCUUCUCUGCACCUCCAUUAUUUCCACUGAAUCAGUGCCCAAAUCGCUCCCUAUUCAACGCCUUAGGCGUAACACACUAUUUGUCGAUGUUUUAUCCGUAAAAGAAUUCCCCAAGAAUAUAUUCUUGCAAUAUCUUCCCUCCCAUUUUGAUAUUCUUUGUAGUCGCCCCAUGUUGCGGGUGGAGACUUUCUUGAAUAUUUUCAAGAAUGAAGGGUGUAGAAUGGUGGAGACUUUUGCAGAGCAUGAUAAAUACGCUGCAGGAUCUCAGUUUAUUACGCACACAAUGAGGAGGAUUUUGGAGAAGUUGCAAUUGCAGAGUACCCCAGUUAACACAAAAGGGUAUGAGACUCUGUUGAAUUUGGUGGAGAAUACGGCCAGUGAUAGCUUUGAUUUGUACUAUGGGUUGUUUAUGUACAAUAAGAAUGCCAUGGAGCAGCUGGAGAGGUUGGAUUUAACGUUUGAGUCAUUGAAGAAAGAGUUGUUUGGGCAUUUACAUGAAGUUUUGAGGAAGCAAUUGUUCAGGAAGUCGGAGGAAAGUCCUAGGCUGGUGCUCUCAAAGUUACCGAAGAAGUUGCCCAAGAAUGGAACUUCAUUGUUAGCCGCGUCUACAUCAGAGACAGAAACGGUGGUGAACAAUAACAAUUAGGAUGUUUCUACUUGUGAAAGCUAUGCUUUUCUUCUAAUUAGCUAUUUCUUGAUUUCAAUAAAUGAUAAGUUUUUUUUUAUUAAUUUGUAAUUGUGAGAAUAAGAGAAGCAAAGAAUAAGAGAAGCAAGG